AUGUCGGUCUAUGAAGUAACAAAGGACUCGAAAUUGAUAAGAGAAGAUAUUAUCGAUUUAGAGAAAAAUACAACAUCGUCAUUGAACUCAUUUGAACAAGAGGAUGAUUCAAAUAAAAUUAGUGAUGGUAAAGAAGAUGGCGUCCGUCUUAAAAAAGAGUUGAAAGCUCGUCACAUUUCAAUGAUAGCAAUCGGCGGUUCUUUAGGUACUGGUCUUUUAAUCGGUACUGGUACAGCUUUAAGAACUGGCGGUCCAGCUUCAAUUUUAAUCGCUUAUUCAUUCGUCGGCAUUCUAGUAUUCUUUGUUAUGGCUUGUCUUGGUGAAAUGGCUACUUACAUUCCAUUAGAUGGUUUCACAAGUUACGCCACUCGUUACUGUGAUCCAGCCUUAGGUUUCGCCGUAGGUUACUGUUAUCUGUUUAAAUAUUUCAUCAUCACCCCAAAUCAAUUAACUGCAGGUGCUUUAGUAAUUCAGUAUUGGAUAGAUAGAGAAACUGUUAAUCCAGGUGUCUGGAUUACUAUCUUCUUGGUAGUAAUUGUCAUCAUCAACACUGUAGGUGUAAGAUAUUUCGGUGAAUUCGAGUUUUGGUUAUCAAGCUUUAAAAUCAUGGUAAUGUUCGGUGUAAUUCUAUUUUUAUUCAUUAUUAUGUUAGGUGGCGGUCCAAAUCAUGACAGAUUGGGUUUCAGAUAUUGGAAAAAUCCAGGUGCUUUUAAACCUUAUUCCGAAUCUAUCACAGGCUCAAAAGGUAAAUUCGUUUCAUUCGUCGCAGUAUUCGUUUAUGCUCUGUUUGCUUAUUUAGGUAUCGAAUUAACUGGUAUCGUUGCUGCAGAAGCUGAGAAUCCAAGAAGAAACAUCCCUCGUGCCAUCAAAUUAACAAUGUACCGUAUUAUAUUAUUUUACAUUGUCACGAUCUUUUUAUUAGGUAUGUGUGUCGCUUACAAUGAUCCAAGACUAUUAGCCGCGGCUCAUGCUUCAACUUCCGCUGCUGCCUCUCCUUUUGUAGUCGCUAUCCAAAACUCUGGUGUCAGAGCAUUACCUCAUAUUUUCAAUGUAUGUGUCCUGAUAUUCGUCUUUAGUGCUUGUAAUUCAGAUCUAUACGUUGGAACAAGAAGUUUAUAUAGUCUGGCAAUUGAUGGUAAAGCUCCAAAACUUUUUGCUAAAACAAAUAGAUGGGGUGUCCCUUAUAAUGCUUUGUUUGGUUGCUUCUUGUUCUGUUUAUUGGCUUAUAUGAAUGUUUCCUCAGGCUCUGCUCAAAUUUUCAACUAUUUCGUUAACGUUGUCUCUAUCUUCGGUAUUUUAAGUUGGAUCUCAAUCUUAAUUACUUAUAUCUUUUUCUACAGGGCAUGUAUUGCCCAAAACGUCGACAGAAAUUCUUUUGCGUACAGAGCCCCAUUUCAACCAUAUGGUGCAUACAUAACUUUGUUCUUCUGUGUUUUAAUUGCAUUUAUCAAGAACUUCACAGUUUUUAUUGGAGAAUUUGAUUACAAAUCUUUCAUAACUGGUUACAUAGGUUUACCUUUGUAUGUUAUCUUCUAUUUCGGUUACAAGAUAAUUUACAAAACGAAAUUAGUCAAAGCUGAAGAAGCUGAUUUAUAUUCUUUCAAAGAAGCUAUUGAUCGUGAGGAGGCCGAAGGUAAAAUUAAAGAAGCAGAAGCAAAAGAAAGACUAAAAAAUUCAAAGAAAUCUUUGAAAUGGUUCUACGAAAAGUACUUGGGUUAUAUAUUUUAA